CACAGACAGAGAAGAUGGCGGCUGUACUGAAGGCGGAAGCGGGGCAGUGUGGGCGGCCGUGUGUUGUGUGAGACUCAUCCUGCAUGGACUCGUCGCCAUGAGCAACAAGGAGAUGGUUUCCACGGAGACAGAAAACAAAGGACAGAGGAAGGUGUUUCUUCCUAACAAGCUGUUGGAGUGUCUCCCUCGUUUGUCCAGUCUGCCUAACGAACGCCUCAGGUGGAACACUAACGAGGAGAUAGCUUCUUACCUGAUAUCAUUUGACAGACAUGAUGAGUGGCUCUCCUGCAGCCUGAAAACCAGGCCAAAGAACGGCAGCAUCAUCCUGUACAACAGGAAGAAGGUGAAGUACAGGAAGGAUGGAUACUGCUGGAAGAAAAGGAAGGAUGGAAAAACGACGAGAGAGGACCACAUGAAGCUGAAGGUCCAGGGCAUGGAGUGCCUGUAUGGUUGCUACGUCCAUUCCUCCAUCGUGCCAACAUUCCACAGACGAUGCUACUGGUUGCUGCAGAACCCAGACAUCGUGCUGGUCCACUACCUGAACGUGCCGUCCCUGGAGGAUUCUGGGAAAUGCAGUCCGCUGCUGUGUGCGGUGGCCGACCGCCACGACAGCGUGAGGUGGAGCCGAGACGACCUGCUGAACCAGCUGAAGCCCAUGUUUCACAGUAUGAAGUGUUCAGUGGGAUCAGGUGAUUUCAGUAUUGAAGAGUUGGUUCAACACAUUCUGGACCGGCAGAGAACCAAACCACAGCCGCGCACACACGCCUGCCUCUGUAACGCCGCCCAGGUAUCUUCAGGAGUGAACAUUCCCCACCGAUGUAACAGCACCAAGCAUCGCAUCAUCUCCCCCAAACUGCCUCCCUCCUCCUGCAGACCCUCCCCAUCCCCCCUCUCAUCUGAGGCGGGGGAGGCAGGGCGAGGAGGGGGAGGAGGAGGAGGAGGAGGAGGAGAAGCCAAACUGCCCCACCUCCAGGCUCAGAGCAGCCCCGUCUCCUCUCCCUGCCCCUCGUCCACUGCGACCUCGUCGCCUCCUCAGCCGCACAGAGCCACCAUCACCAUGGGUAACCACGGCAAUGGCUUUUAUGGUGACCACCGCGGCAACCUGACGACGGUGGCGCUGCCCCAGAACGCUGUGCUCGUCAUGGCAACAACUACCAGCAUCGCAGGAAGAGGGGGGCAGGGGGGAGGAGGGGGAGGCGGUGAGGAGGCGGGGCCAGGCAGGAGCCUGUCGCUCACCCACUCUGGACAGUUACUGCUCUCCCCCGCUCUCUCCGCUCCUACCGGCGGGCCCGCCUCCCCUUCUCCUCCCUCCUCCUCUUCCCCCGUUCCCCCCUCCCUCCCCCCUCCUCCCGUCCAGGCGCCGGGGGUGGCCACCCUCUCCCUCACCCUCCUCCCUUCACCUGUCAUCGGAGGCCUGCUCCUCACCCCCUCCUCCUCAAACACCUCCUCCUCCUCCCUCCGUUCGCCGCCUCCUCCUGCUGCCACCUCUCCUCCCUCUCCCCCUUCCACCCCCUCACCGCCCCCAGCUCCCCCCUCCCUCCCCCCUGCCUUUGACCCUGACUCCUUCCUCAACUCCCCCAAACAGGGUCAGACAUACGGUGGCCCACCUCCUCCCUCCUCCUCCACCCCAUCCCCUGCUCUCUGCUCCUCCUCAUCCCCCCUCUCUCCCCCCUCCCUCGCUCUCUCACUGUCCCCCACCUCCACCCCUCCCUCCUCUGUAUCCCCUCCCUCCUCCCUCUCCUCCCUCUCCUCCUCUUCCUCCUCCUCUGAGGCAGACAGGAGAGACUCAGCUCUCCCCCUCUCCUCCUCCUCUUCCUCCUCCUCCUCCCCGCCCUCGUCCUCCCUUCCCCCCUCCCUCUCUCUCUCCUUGUCUCCCACCUCCUCUGUGGCUCCGCCCCUCCUACCCCUCUGCCUGGAGCUGGGAGCGCUUGGGGAAUCGGAGGGGGGGAGGCAGGAAGAGGAGGGGAGGAAAGAUGAGGAAGAGGUGAAGGAUAGGAGAGACGACGACGACGAUGAUGAUGAAGGCAGCGCUCCUCCCACUAAGCUGGCUCUGCUGCAGACAAGCCACGCUUCCUCCUGCUCGUCUCCACGGCAACAGACAGGAAGUAGCACCGCUUCACUGCUCCUGGUUUGCCAGGACUCAGCGAGCCAACCCACCCAGCUGGCCAAUGAGACGCAGCGACAGGCCACCGGACAGCUGCCGUUGGUCCUGGAGCAGCCCUACAAUCACCUGCCUGCACCUGAUGCUGACUCCACCUCUGCCGCUGUCGCCAUGGAUACAACUCAUCUGGCGACGCCCCCAGUCCAGGUAAAGGAGGAGAGCAGGCGGGGCUACGACUCAGAGGACACCUGCAUGGACACACAGCUGGAGGAGGAAGCGGAGCCCUGCGAGCGAGGAGGGGAGGAGCUGGACAUCUCCUUCGACAGCCAGUUUCCUGAUCUCAUCUCUGACCUCAUCACCGAGGAGGCCAAUCCCGUUGCAGCUCAUCCCGCUGCCGCUGCGCCGAACCCGGCCGUGUUCCCGGCGGGGGUCCGCUACAUGGUGCCCCCCCAGCCCUCCCCCUCCUCGUCCUUCCUCCCCUUCCCUCACCCACUGCCCUCCUCCUCCUCCACCCGCCUCGCCUCCAUCACAGACUUCUCCCCUGAGUGGUCCUACCCCGAGGGAGGUGUUAAAGUAUUGAUCACAGGCCCGUGGAGCGAGCUGUCAGGUCGAUACUCCUGUGUCUUCGAUCAGAGCACUGUCCCCGCCUCGCUGAUUCAACCUGGAGUCCUGCGCUGCUACUGUCCAGCCCAUGAGGCCGGUCUGGUGUGUCUGCAGGUUCUGGAGUCCGGAGGUUCUGUUUCCUCUUCAGUUCUGUUUGAGUAUCGAGCGAGGAACGCCAGCUCUCUGCCCAGCUCGCAGCUCGACUGGCUCUCAUUGGACGAUAAUCAGUUCAGGAUGUCCAUCCUUGAGCGGCUGGAGCAGAUGGAGCGCAGGAUGGCAGAGAUGGCCGCCCGCGACAACAACCAGCAGCAACACCAUCAUCAUCAUCAACAACAGCAACAUGGCAACCAACUGGCCACGCCCCCUCCCCCACCCCUACCUGAGGACCACGAACAGUCCUCUCAGUGGUUUGAGAGGAGGAUUGUGGGAGUGUGUGAGAGGAUGAUGAGAGGAGGACGGUGGGGAGGAGGAGGAGGAGGAGGAGGAGGAGGGGAGAGGCUUCAUCACUCCGUCCGUCACCGUGGGAUGACACUGCUCCACCUGGCUGCUGCACAGGGAUACACACACCUGAUACACACUCUGAUCCACUGGAGGAGUGUUAACAGCGACAGUUUGGACUUGGAACAGGAAGUUGACCCCCUCAACAUCGACCACUUCUCCUGCACACCACUGAUGUGGGCGUGCGCUCUGGGCCACCAGAGGGCAGCAGAGCUUCUGUAUGGUUGGAACAGUUCGGCUCUGGGGAUCCCUGAUUCGCUGGGACGCCUGCCGCUUGCCGUGGCCCGUUCCCGAGGCCACACGCGCCUCGCCACAGCACUUGAGGAGCUGCACACGCACACACACAUGACACCCAGGGACACGCACACACCUCCAGCAGACACACACACGCCGGCCACACCACAACCACAGCUACCCCCGUCGCCUCUGUCCACCAGCCCAGACACAGGUCUGAGCUCCUCCAGCAGCCUCCCGUCCCCCAGCGACCCCUCCUCCCCUUCCCCGAGCUCUGCCUACUCCAGUGGCCCCGCCCCUAUGGACACCUCUCCCUCUCCACCUUCAUCUCCUUCCUCCUCCUCCUCCUCACUGCCGGUCUCCCCUCCCUCGCCAUCCUCCCUCCCCCUUUCCUCCCUCCCUCCUGUGUCUAUGUGGGGGGAAGAGCCGAACGCAGAGCCCAGCACAGGUUUGAACCCCAGUGGCUCCAGAGACUCUCCACUUUACCUCAUGGACUACGAGAGCGCCUGCCCCCCCUCGCCCACCCACACACAGCCACACACUGCGGGCGGACGGCGAGCACAUACGGCAGUGACGCUAGAGGAGCAGCUGCUGAGCUACAGCGAGAACGCAGAAAAUGAAGGCGAGGAGGAGGAGUACCUGGAGGAGGAGGUGCUGCAGGUUGACAUGGCAACGCUGGCAGAGCAAAUCAUUGAGGCGACCCCAGAGCGAAUUAAACAGGAGGACUUCCCCAGGGGGGCGGAGUCUCCCCUCAGAGAGAGGCGGGACAACCCGGCCAUACAGGACACAUGGCUUGCUACCUACCUGGACACAGUCGACGCCCACACACACUCCCCACCCAGGCGGGUGUGCCCCCCCUCGCCCCUCAGCGCACUAGCCCUCCAGAGGCUCCGCCCCCCAUCCUCUGCGGCCUGGGCGGAGUUCCUGAACGCUUCGGCCAAUGGGAAGAUGGAGAGAGACUUUGCCCUGCUGACGCUGACAGAUGGAGAGCAGAGGGAGCUGUAUGAGGCCGCCAGGAUCAUCCAGAACGCCUUCAGGAGAUACAAAGGUCGGAGGUUAAAGGAGCAGCAAGACAUGGCCGCAGCCGUCAUACAGAGAUGCUACAGGAAGUACAAACAGCUAACAUGGAUAGCUCUGAAGUACGCUCUCUACAAGAAGAUGACCCAGGCUGCCAUCUUGAUCCAGUCCAAGUUCAGGUCGUACUACGAGCAGAAGCGCUUCCAGCAGAGCCGGCGGGCGGCGGUCCUCAUCCAGCAGUACUACCGCAGCUACAAGGAAUAUGAGCGGCUCAAACAGGCUCCGAGAGGCGCCGCCAGCCACAACCCCAAAAUCAAGGGGUCGUUCUUGACGAAGAAACAGGACCAGGCAGCUAGGAAGAUCAUGAGGUUCCUGCGACGCUGCAGACACAGGAUUAAAGAGCUGAAGCAGACGAGGGAGCUGGAGAGGAGAGGACUGACCACUUAAAGCUUUUCUUAAUCUCAUCCCUUCUUUCAUCUCCCUGGGGACACAGAGGACAUGAGGAGAGACAGAGGAGAGCUUUACUCUGAUGUACAAAGGGACAGAAAUAAAACAAGGAAGUGAAGUGACUGAUAGAUGGACGGACGGACGGAGAGAUGCCUUACCCCACGCCAACUCUUCUUAUUCAUCUUCUUCCUUCUUUUAAUCUGUCUGUCUGUCUGUCUGUGUGUCUUCUCUCCUGGCUGAAUGUAGCUGUCUGUCUGCAGCUUUAAGAGCUCCAUCCAAAAACGUCACGCCGUCCUGCUCAGCCUGACAGGCACAAGUUAGGUGGGUUUCUUUGCCCUGAGCAGAGCCUCACAGGCAGCAGAACAAGAAGAGGAGGGAGGGUGGGUCCUGAGGCCUUUCUCAGUACACUCAUGUACUCACGUUCAACCUUGACUGUACUGUGACACGUCCCCUCACAGAGUUUUUUGGGGGUGAAUUAAAAAGCUUUAUUGGGCGUUCACUGCGCUGAUGGUGACGUGCAGUCAACAAUCAAACUAAAUUAAUAUUCACCACGCUGCCUCUGUUCAAUUCAUAUUGAUAUAUCUGUAGAUUUAUAUUAAAAUGUGGUGACACCUGUUCAUUGUAUAAAAAACCUUCAUCGUUACAUCAUCAUCAAGGGGGAGUCAACAGUGACGAGUUCUGCAGCGGGUGUUUUGAUAAAGUAAACGUUACCCUGAUAACUUCCCUACCUUGGCGAGACGAGGGGAGACUGCUGUAGACGGCGAACCCUGGCAGGCGUUUGGGGUCACUUUUGCAUUUUAUUGUGAGAUGUUUUUUAAAAUGAAGGGAAAAUAUCUGUGUAGGUGUGGGCGGGGACUAAGGGCUCAUUUAUGCUCAACUUAAGGCCCUGACACACCAAGCCGACAGUCGGCCGUCGACCAAAGUCAGGCCGUCAGUGAGCGUUUGUCGCCCUAGUUUUUGUGGUGUGUCCCGCUGCCCCACAGACCCGCUGCUUCUUCCCACUUUAACCUGAAUAACAAACCGGAGCUAGCUGGGAGCGGCUAGCGCUAGCGGCGAGCGUUAGCCGCAGCAUGACCGGAGGGAAGCACAGCCAGUUAGCCUCCGCUAGUCUCUGAGCUAGCCCCGGCUCUCCGUUUGGAUCCAACCGGAGCACCGAGCCCUGGUUUGUUAUUCAGGUUAAAGUGGGAAGAAGCAGCGGGUUUAUCGGGCAGCUGAGUGAAGUGGAGCCUGCGGAGGAAACACCGGGACCGUCUGGAUGUAAUAGUCCGUGGAGGUGCUGCGGUGCUCGGCUGCACAGAUAGGAAACCCCUCGGCUGACAGGAUGUACCACUCUCUCACUCCGCUCUCUCUCACGCAGGCGCAGAACGUACGUGCUACUUGGCCGUCGGAUGUAGUCCGUGUAGUGUGUUCAAAUGCAACUGACACAGGGCGACGUGAGGUGACGUAGACGAUGCAACAGUUGGCUUUCGUUGCCGCUAGUUUUUUGAUGUCGGUUUGGUGUGUCAGCACCUUAAAGUUACAGAGGCGGAUGGAGCCUUCUGUCCUGUCUCUACACUGCCUUAAUUUUGUCCGUGUUUGUGCACGUUUUCUGAAAGCUUACAACCCAAACCACUGGAGAUCAGUGAGGCAGUGCAGCACAGUUUAAGUGAGAUACGACCGUAGGAGACGACAGACACGUUAAAAAUGGCGGAACAGAUUAAAUCUGUAAUCCAGUGAAAAUAAUUCUCCAUCCACAUGUCACAGUGUGCGGCCGCCAUCUACAACACUGCCUCUGUUUAACAGGACAAAAUCACGACCUCCUCCACCGUCGCCUCGUUUGUUGUUGUGUGAAACUUCUGACUCCACCCUCCGGUGCCAUCUAUUGGCUGUAUCUGUGACAUACAGGACGCAUGGAAACAUUUGAAGCAGAUCCAUGAAUAUGUAAGUCUCAAGUGUGACGGCAGACUGAGAAAGGCCUCGUCUCUCCUGGGAGGCACAGGUCAAGGCGGGAGAAGCCCAGGAAGGUUCGUGGGUUCAGACUGAAGAGCUGCGUCACAUUUUGGGAUGGAGUUCUUCAUUUGGAGUCUGUGUACUUCAACAUGUACAUAAGUACUACAAAGCUACUUAUAAAUAUACUCGACACAAUCACUUAGAGAAACACACACAGAAAUAUACGUAUAAAUAUAAAUAUAAAUAUAUAUAUAUUCUAAUGUUGGACUUUAUAGAUGCUCUGGAUGUUUUUAUUUAUUACAGCAUGAACUGUUCAUGUGAGUGUAUGAGACUGUGUGUGUGUGUGCGUGCGUGUGUGUGUGUGUGUGUGUGUGUGUGUGUGUGUGUGUGUGCGCACACGUGUGCUGCACAGACUGUAAGGUCGAGUCUUAAGGAACCCCCCCACCCCUCCCCCGACCUCUGACCUCUGACCUGCUUUUAGACAAAACAGUCAUACACGGAGUGGAUUAAAACGUGACAGUUGUAAAUGUGAGUGUCUGCAUGAAAUGUUAAACUCUGCUCACAGAGCUGUGAUGUACCUGUGAUGAUGUCACAGGUCAGAGGUCAAACCGGGGUUCCCCCUCAAACUUUAUUUUUUAAGCGCGUCCGUCAACUUUUCAGGGCGACAGUGACGGCCGACGCAGCAGCUUGGACAGCGACAGGUCGCUCCGGAAAUGACUGCGUCUCUGCUGCUGUUUCCUGUGACUGCUCCACAGCACUUCCUUUUUUUUUUUUUUUUUUUUUUUAACGGUGUGCUUCUCUUUGGCACAGACUGAAUGAUGCUGUGUCGUCAAGGCAACCACAACUUCUAGGACUGAGCAUGAGCUUUCCUUAUAACCAGAUGUUUGACAAGUUUUUCUUUGGCUUGUUUUCAGUUUGACCUGAAAUAAGAGAUAUUCUCUUCUUCUUCUUCUUCUUCUUCUCAUUCUUCUCCUUCUUCUACUACUUCUUUUUCUUCUUCAGCUGUUGCAGUGAAGCUUUGCAUGAGUUUGUAUUUAAUUGUUCUACAUUUCAAGACCUUUAAAAUGAAAUCAUUAACAUUAUUCUACCAGUCAGAUGAAUAAAUCAGCUGUUUGCUACUUG